GAAUGGCUUAAGCUUACCAAACAAUCCUGAGUUUUUUAGCUUGAUUUAGGUCUUGAGAGGAUGAAGUUCGAUGUUUUCGUCAGUUUCAGAGGAAUCGACACUCGGAGAACAUUUGUGAGCCAUCUUUGUCAUUCACUGUAUAAAAGAGGGAUUACUGUAUUCAAAAACGAUGAAGAGAGACCUGAGAACGAACUAGCUUCUUCUCAAGUGCUUCAGUCGAUUGAAGAGUCUAGAGCUGCGAUUGUGAUCAUAUCAAAGAUCUUUGCUUCCUCUGUUUCGUGUUUAGACGAAUUAGUGAAGAUAAUGGAGUGUAGAGAGAAAAGAUCCCAAGGAUCCACCGCUUCCUUGUUUUUUGUGGUACCAGUCUUUUAUUCCAUCGAUCCGUGUGAUGUUGUAAGACAAGCAGACAACCUUAUGGAGCUUGUCGGUGGAGAUAACAACUUGGACAAGUUAGAGAAAUGGAGAGAUGCACUGAGAAAGUUUACUCGGACAUUUGAUCAUUUCUUUGAUUGGGAGCAAGAUGACUCAUGCAUCAUUGAUAGAGCUAUCAACUAUAUCUCUCAACAUUUGUCUGCACACUGACAACCGAGCAAUCAGGAAUCUGAAAGCUUAAGUACAUCUAGGACUGAGAGUAACGAGUUAAUCGAGUCUGAAAGAUUGAGAACACUUAGGACGGAGAGUAACGAGUUAAGUCUUACUGAACUUUCAACCUUGGCGGUUCAUGAUCUUAAGGCUACACUUGGAACCAUGGCUGGGAGAUGCAUGAACAGAGAAAAGCCUAUUAUUAGAGUCAAGCCUAGGCUUAGGAGCUCUGUGAAUGUUACUGGCCACGAGUUGUCCGUGACUUCUAGUGAUUUUACUAGUUUUGUUGGGAUGGAUCGGUACAUAAAAGCAGUAAAUCAUUUACUGCUUGACUUUGGUUCAAAAGACGGAGUUGGAGUAAUCGGCAUUUGGGGUGUGAGAGGAGUUGGCAAAACCGCACUUGUGAAAUGUGUUUAUGAACAGGUAUCACUACAAUUUCAAGAUCACUACUACUUCAUGAAUGAUACCAGCAACUAUUCUCUAGGGCAUGAUUCUACGUGUUUACUAGAGCAAAUAACAAAAGCUGCUCUCAAGGCAACCUCACAGAGUCUAACUAGGAACUAUGAUGUCGUGAAGGCAAAGCUCGGACACAGAAAGGUUUUGCUUAUUGUUGAUGGUGUAGAUCACAUCGGCCAACUCAAACAUAUCACUUUGAAUGCUAGUUGGUUUGGUCCGCGUAGUAGACUGAUCUUAGUCACACAAGACAAGAGUUUACUACUUGAGUCUGGAAUUAGGCAUCUCUUUGAAGUAGAGUCUCUAAAAUAUGAUGAAGCUCUUCAACUCUUUUCUCAAUUUGCCUUCAAACAGAUACACGUUCCUACAGGUUUCGAUAGAUUCUCUGCUCGUGCUGUCUUUAUUACAGGUCAUAUUCCACUUGCCGUUAAAGUAAUUGGCUCUUUCUUAUGCGGGAAAAACAUCAAGGAAUGGGAAUAUGAGCUGCUUAGACUCGAAGCAUCACAAGAAAAUUGGAUAUCAGUAGUUUCUAGCUACAUCGGAGGGGACUUUUAUCGAAGACAGCCAACCAUAUUAGAUCGAUACAUUGGAGGAGAAGACGAUGAGGGAGAUGAGUUUCCUUCGUAUUGCUUCGCUCUUGGCUGAUCAAAAAGGUGAAAUCACGUCCCAACUUAAACUGAAAACUAUUUGCUUAUAUGUACUUAACUACUUAUCUUGUUCAAAAAUCAAGCAUCGUUUUAUAAAAUGUAAAUUGCUUCUACCUAAAUAAAACUAAAAAGCCACAG